ACAACACUGCAAUAUAAAACACACUAUUUAAUUUUGCUAUCCACGAGCAAUAUAAAUAAUUAAUAUUAAUUUAUUUAUUAUAUCAUGGCCGGAAAAAGACAGGCAACAUCUAACUUAAAUCAUGAAAAUUGGGACCAGGAAGAUGAGCCUGAAGAGCGCGGAACGUUUCGAAAAGCUUCGGAAGAUGAAUUAAAAAAUCGUGUUAUUAAGAAGGCGCGUAGGAAAGUUGUUACCGGCAACAGCGGUGUAGACGCUACCGAUGACGGAGCGCCAAAAAGCGUUUUUAGUGGUUUCGCAGGUUUUGGCAAGUCAUCGAAUGCUGCUCCAUCAGCAUCUCCCUUCUCAUUUUUGUCGAAAGUCUCUACGUCGCCUGCUGAUGUUUCUAAUGCAGCCACAACAAAACCAUCAUUUUCAUUUGGUACAACUAUUAAAGCGGCUCCAAUUAUUGAAAAGGAAGAUAAAAAUUCUGCCGGAAAUGGUAAUGUGGUUAAAGAAAAUGCCAAGGAGAGCAAGGGUAAAUCUACUAGCUAUCAAAGCAAAAUCAAAUGCUUAAACGAGGCUGUAACCGAAUGGAUAAAAACCCACGUAGAGAAAAAUCCACUUUGUAUUCUUACACCGAUUUUCAAAGACUAUGAUAAAUAUAUCAAAGAAAUAGAAGAUGAAGAACAAAAGACGGAGCAAUUGAAAACAAGUAACGACAGCGCAAGUGUUAAAAAGACUUCAUCAGAUGCACCUACAGAUGCACCAACACUUGGGAAUUUUAAAUUUUCCGCAUUUUCUAAACCUGCUACAAGCACAGUUUCGACCAGUAGCACGGGUGCUUUGUUUUCUUUUAGUUCAACACCGGCCUCAUCCGCAGCUGCUCCAACAAGUUCUUCGAGCGUAUCUAAGCCUGCAGAAACAACCAAACCGAGCACAUUUAGCUUUGGAAUAAAACCUACGGAAAACAAAACUAAUGUAACAGACGGUCAAACUUCGUCUCCGUCUAAGGGAUUUAGUUUUGGUCUUAAAACAGAUAACAAAACAUCAACUUCAACGCCAUUUACAUUCGGCAAACCGGCCACCAAUGGUGAUUCGAGCGAAAAGAAAUCGUCCCCAUUUAGUUUUACUCCUAGUUCAACCCCAUUCAGUUUCGGUAAUAUAAAACCACCUACUGAUCCAACACCUUCAACCUCUACUGAUGCUAAUGGGGCUGAUGAUGAAGAAGAUCAACCACCAAAAGUUGAAUUUAAACAGGUUGUGGAAGAAGAUGCGGUGUACUCCAAGAAAUGUAAAGUUUUCGUUAAAAAAGAUGGAGCGUUUACCGAUCGUGGUGUGGGCACAUUAUACUUGAAACCAGUAAAAGACUCUGAAAAGACACAACUACUUGUACGCGCUGAUACAAACCUCGGAAACAUUCUUGUAAACUUAAUUUUAAGCGCCGGCAUCCCUACUCAACGGAUGGGUAAAAACAACGUGAUGAUGGUGUGUCUUCCUACGCCGGAUGUAGAAAAGGCAACAUCGAUGCUGUUACGCGUUAAAACUGCAGAAGAGGCAGACGAGCUAUUGGCAGAACUAGAGAAGCACAAGAAAUGAAAAGUUUUAAUUAUUUUAUUUUUAAAUUGUUAUAAACUUUGGUUGUACUCUUAUGCGUAUGCAAAAUUUUAAGAAUUCUACCAAUAAAAUGAAUUUUUGAACAAAA